CAAUAACAGCAGACAGACACCGGCUUUUAUACGAAGACAACACAAAGCCAGACUCACCGGUGGUUGGAAACAUGGAGGAGUACAACUCUGGGGAUGAUGUCAUCUUCAAUACUGAUGAGACAAGUAACUUAGUGAAAGAGUGUAUUGAAGGAGUCAUUGGUGGAACAGAUUAUAACCAGAAUAAAGUCAACCAGUGGACGGCAACUAUAGUGGAGCAUAUACUGAAUCACCUGAUCAAACAAGGACGGCCAUUUAAAUACAUAGUGAACUGUGCAAUCAUGCAGAAAAGUAGUGCAGGUCUCCACACAGCCAACUCCUGCUACUGGGACACUGCUACAGAUGGAAGCUGRACAGUCCGGUGGGAGAACCGUACCAUGUACUGUGUGGUCAGUGCGUUCGCCGUCGCUGUGGCGCUGUGAUGAUGAAGCUGAAGAGGUAGUCCCUCCCAAUGCUGUCGGUUCUGAAGCUCUGCUUGAAAUGACACCAGGAAGCAUCAAAGAUCCAGCCCUCGUGGUUAUUAUUCUUUUUCCUUUCAAGCAGAAACAACAGUUGUGUGCUGUUGUUGUGCCUGCGUAUGUGUGGAUUAAAGUUCAUAUUCAGUGGGUGGAGCCUAACAUUAAAAAAAUACUUUAAUUAAAUGGCACUUAUAAUUUGGUCCUAAAGCAUUUCCAUACAGUAAACGGUUUCAGGUUCAGGCAAGAAUGCAAAGGUUUUGWUAUUUCAUCCGUCUAGUAGGAUCCUCAUAUUUGUAUGUGUAAGAGAACAUAUGUACUUAUUUUGACUUGUAAAUUAUACUUCAUUGAAAACCAAAUACUUGCAACAAUAACUGACAUUCCUGUCUGUCUUAGUUGAACUUUAUUUAUAUUUAGUAAAGACCUGAAUGCAAAAUAUCUGCAUGAUUCUCUAUAAAACAUUCAACUCUAAGUACAAAAAAACUGACUGAGAUAUACUGUUAAGUGUUUUAGAAAAGGUUCCUUGUGUUUUAGUCAGUUUAUAUUAUCGCUGUAUAAAUUAGAUGAUCUGUGUGGUUUGGUAAGUUUGUUCCUGCAAGUUUGGAUGUCAUUUCUAAUCUGUUUAAGUUCUGUGAAAUUGUUUAAUCUUAUUGAAAAUAUUUAAUAAAUAAUUUUGUCGGUCAUUA